AUGUUUCCAACAUUCCGAACCGAUCUCGUUGUCAUUCCUUCGUUCUUCCGUUAUCGAUCUUCGAUUCGAUUUUCGAUUUCGAUUUCGUUCUUCAACUCUUCAUUCUUUUCUUCAUUCUCAUUCUUCUCAUUCUUCUCAUUCUUCUCUUCAUUCUCUUCAUUCUCUUCAUUCUCUUUCUUCUCUUUCUUCUCUUUCUUCUCUUUCUUCUCUUUCUUCUCUUUCUUCUCUUCAUUCUCUUCAUUCUUCCUUCUUCUCAUUCUUCUCAAUCCGCUCCUCUACACGACAUUCUCGAAUAUUCGUUUCUUAUGCUAUAUCUAUUCAGUGGUGCUCGUCCUUUUUCAAAACCAACUUCUCAUAGGCGAGAUAGAGAGAAAACGCACCAACGGCGAUUCCGAAACCGGGAAAAGCUGCCUUGAAUCGGUUGAGACGCGAAAACUGGCCCUCGUAUCUCCAGGCGUCUCUCUUGGCCCAGGGGUUGCUGCUCAUGAUGGGGAAAUGUAA